GUUGGUUGGUAGAGUCCGGGACGGAGCAUCAUGGCGAUUGACGGAGGGGGGAGAAACUGUGGUGCCCAUGAACUCAUCUGUGCUAGACGAGUUUCUCCUGAACUACUGGGUGUUUUGUCUUCCAUUGCAGCCUUCGUGGCGUUGAUGGCUCUGUUUUUUCUUUACCUCAGCAACAAACUGUCUGUGCAGAGUCCCGACAAUCUGUCACAUCUCAAUGGACAAAAGAACCCCCACCAAGGUACUCAACACAUUUACAGACUGGCCAUAUGAGCAGAAAUGCUCUCAGUUAUUGGUUACAAAAAUGCUCACAGCGUGGGGGAUUUACAGUUGCAAAGAUAGUCUGCUAUACCUGGAGAAAAUACAGAAGAGCAGUGACUUUGCAAAACCUCUAAAAUGAAUUAAAAUACCAGAAGUGAACUGGUCAACAACAAAACAGUCUUCUGUAUUAUUUAUAAGACUAUAGUGUUUGCAAGACAGAAGUAUUUUCUUUCAAAGAAACACAUAAACUAAAAUCAACAAACGAGUAGCUUCACCUGAAGAAAAUUUAACGUCUCCACCCAGACUCCAAAACCAAAUCUUAACUUUGGGGUAAUUUUGAAGAGAGUUGUGGGCAAGAAUUGUACUCAAAGUCACAUAAAUUUGGCAAACAAAGUCUACAUCAACAAAUUAGUUUAAAGGUUGCACACCAGAACCACAUGGCUAUUGUAGUUUUUUUUUUUUAUCAACACCAAACUCUUUAUGGUUUAGUUUGGCUUUCAAUUGAAUUAACCUUUUAUUUCUCCCAUAAAAGGUGAAAACAUUUAGGAAAUUAUUUAUCAUGGCCUCAUUUGUUCAUAACACAAAAGCCUGGCAUCAAUUAACUAAUCAACUUCCUUUAUGCCAUUGGGUAGAUUUGGUUACAGUGAGGUGAGCCAGCUUUCUUAACAAACAGGAAACUUGACAUAAACACAAGCAUAACAGGACUAAAAGUGGCCCAGUGCUUGGUACUUUAAAAUAUUAAAAACAAUGAAACAAAAACACUGAAAGCGGACUUAUAUGUAGAGCCCAAUUUAUAUUAAGGAGAACUUAGAUAAUGUGAAUUUUCUUAAAAUUCAGUUUCACAGCUAAGCAGCAAACAUUUACCCAGUGUAGGCUAUCUAUUAUCAACAAGCUGUUGAAUGCAUGAUGAUGGCAUCACACCCUGCUAACCACCACAUGUCUG